CGCCUUUAAAAUCAACAAGUCUGAGAAGUACACAAAGACUAUAACACCCCUAAUCGCUUGUCACAACGACACAAUAGUCGAUCGAAGCAAGGGAAGGUGGAGAGAGAGAUCAGAUAUUCAGAAUCGGAAACACGGUCAUCCUCUUUGUUGUCUGCGAGGUCCAGCAAUGGCGGAAGAUCUGGUGCUAGACACGGCGAUCAGAGACUGGGUUCUGAUCCCGCUUUCGGUGGUGAUGGUCCUCAUCGGCGUACUCCGCCACUUCGUUGCCAAGCUCAUGCGCUCUAACCAAGUCCCCGACGCCAAAAUCGUCAAAGAAGGGCAAGUUGUCGUUAGGGCUCGAAAUCUACGUGCCGGCGCUAAUUUUAUUCCUCCCAAGUCGUUUCGUGCUCGCAGGCUCUAUUUUAGCAAUGAGGAAAAUGGGCUAUUGUAUGUUCCCAAGGGUCAAGCUCAAAAUGCCCAGGCACAAAUGUUCUCUGAUCCAAAUAUGGCUAUGGAUAUGAUGAAGAAAAACCUUUCAAUGAUUAUACCCCAGACUCUUACUUUUGCGUGGGUCAACUUUUUCUUCUCGGGAUUUGUGGCAGCUAAAAUACCAUUUCCAUUGACUCAGAGGUUCCGAUCAAUGUUACAGAAUGGAAUUGACUUGAGUACUGUGGAUGUUAGCUAUGUUAGUAGUCGCUCAUGGUAUUUCCUCAAUUUGUUUGGAUUAAGAGGUUUAUUUAGUCUCAUACUGGGAGAAGAGAAUGCCACAGAUGACACCCAGCGUAUGAUGCAAAUGAGUGGUUUUGGCUUUGAUCCAACAAAGAGCUUGGGUGCUGAGAAAGACAGUCUCGACAUAGUUCAGCAUGACUGGGCCCUACCAAAAUUUGAGCAGCGUGCUGAAGCAGUUUUGAGAAAAGCUCUCCGCUAAGGAAUGGCAUCUGAUGAUUCGCAGCUUGACGGGGUUAUACACACCAUGGUUUUCUGCUACUCAUUAACUUAUUAUAUUUCAGUGUUGUAGCCAACAUCUUCAGUAAAUGGGAGAGAACUCGGAAGAAGGGGGGGCACGGAUCCAAAGGUUUUGCCCCCCAUCUUUUUUAUUUUUAAUCUAGUUGUACUCCAAAUACAUUAUAUCUGAGCGUUCAUUUUUAUCA